AUGAACAAUGAAGUGGAAAAUCAUGGAGGUUCAACAGAAACCGCACCGAAUAAGGAAUCAAAGAAAGGAUGGAGAAAGGUAUUAGAGAAGAUACGGAGUUGGUUGUCCUACAAAGACAGGGACAAAUGGUUGGAGGAUAUGAGAGGGAACUUGGGUUUAAUAGCGACAGUCAUCGCAACAAUGACAUUUCAAAUGAUUUUAAAUCCACCCGGUGGCGUUAUGUCGGCAAAUCCACCAAAUGCCGACAAUUAUGACAAAAUUUGUACUUUUGUCUACAAAGAACGUCUAUGUCCAGGUGAAGCUGUCUUAGCUGUUAGGGACUCUAGUGGAUAUCUUCGGUUCCUUAUUUCGAACACAAUUUGUUUUAUUGCAUCAGUAAGUGUUUGUCUCUUGCUGGUGAGUGGAAUUCCUAUGCAUCACAGGUUUCUUAUGUGGCUUUUAUCAUUAGGGAUGUGGGUCACUCUCACAAGCCUUGCUUAUUCUUAUUUAACAGCUGCGAUAAUGACCACCCCGGAUAGAGUUUAUUUUGAAGCUACCGAAGUUGUUAACAAAGUUUUUUUUACGUGGAUUGGAUUGUCGGCGUUUAUUGGUUUAUGCCAUACACUAAGGUUGGUUACUUGGGGAGUGAUUGUUCUCCUCGAAAGAAAUAAGAAGCCAAAAAGUACAAAGGAGACUCCGAUUUGCUAGUUUUUUAAAACUUCAUUACUAUGAGUCUUUAUUUGGGACGUCUCGACCAUAUAAAAUUAUGUAUGAACUUGUGUUUAUUACGUGGGAGCUAGUGCUAAUAAAUUAAUUAGUG